AACAGCUACUACAGCCUCCUCUUUCUCUCCCCAAAGGGCUCAGUGAUCGAUGAGGCUGAUGAAUGCCCUAACCCUAGCUGCUGGAAUGACGACCACGAGAUUUUUCAUACUGGACGCGGAAGAUAUUGAAUUCGGAACGACCUGGUGGUUCGUCUAUGCCGGAGUUUCGUGCUUUCUUGUUCUCUUCGCCGGUAUAAUGUCUGGUCUCACCUUGGGUUUGAUGUCUCUCGGACUCGUUGAACUCGAGAUUCUUCAGAGAAGCGGUACCUCUACUGAGAAGAAACAAGCAGCUACUAUCCUACCAGUUGUCAAAAAGCAACAUCAACUUCUUGUGACACUGCUUCUUUGCAACGCUGCCGCCAUGGAGGCUCUUCCUAUAUACCUGGAUAAAAUUUUUCAUCCUUUUGUUGCUGUUGUGCUAUCUGUUACUUUUGUACUAGCUUUCGGAGAGGUAAUUCCACAAGCAAUAUGUAGCAGAUACGGACUUGCUGUGGGUGCAAAUUUUGUGUGGCUUGUGCGUAUUUUGAUGAUCAUAUGCUAUCCUAUUGCUUACCCUAUUGGAAAGAUUCUAGACACUGUAUUGGGGCAUAAUGAUGCCUUGUUUAGGCGAGCUCAGUUGAAAGCCCUUGUCUCUAUCCACGGCCAAGAGGCUGGUAAAGGCGGCGAACUCACACAUGAUGAGACUACAAUCAUAAGUGGAGCAUUGGAUUUAACUGAAAAGACUGCAGAGGAGGCUAUGACACCUAUUGAAUCAACAUUUUCCCUGGAUGUCAAUUCGAAGUUGGACUGUGGUGGAGGAAGCUAUAGUCUUUCAUCUCUUCCCCAUAUGAGUGCCAAGUAUUACUAUCAAGUAGUGUUAUGGGAGAUAUCCUUUUCGGGUUCGAUUUUUCUUUGCAUGGUUUAG